CAAAUUGAAACGAGAGCGAAAUGCAAAUCAGCGCAAAUUGCUUCGACGACGUAAUGCUUCCAACGUUGCUAACUUUCAUCGAUCUGAUAAUGCUUAUCGUGCUCUUAAUUCUUAACGUUUUCUACAAGUAAUUUCAGAGCAUCUUUGUAAACCAACCAUUUUUGUUGCUUUGCGCUUGCAUACCACCUACAGCUCUAAUCAGGACAUUGAUUCAAUGGAUGAAGAAGAGCAGUUGAGCGGAAGGAAAAAUCAUAAUCAUCCCUACGAAGGGGGAGGUGGCGAGGGCAGCACACACAACUAUACUCUUCGUAGUUUCACCACCAGUCAGGGUAACAGCAAAAGUGAUCUGGCCGACAACGGUUCCUCAAGUAGUAGCGCCAGGAAAACACCGAGCAGCAGUAGUUCAAACGAAUGCACUCACAAAAAACACGAUCCUCUUCCACUGGAAUAUUUAGACGAAGCGAUGCUUCUAGACUUAACGAAAAUAUGCGAGCGAGAAUGCUCGGAUGCUCCAUUGAUCCGAAAGUUAGGUGCCAUUUUUUCCUCCUACCGAUCGAUAGCAUUAAGCUUCCAACAAAAACCUUGCUCAAGUAUCGAUGUCAUGCUCGAGAAAGCACCAAAAGAUUUGAAAAAUCUGAAAAAAGAAGACCUGCGAACACUUGAAGGCGAUCUAGAUAAGGAUGAAGACAGUUCGGCGGAGAAAAUACCGGAGAUUAGGGAAAAACAUCACACAACUAUCGACUUAGUUAGUUUACGUCGGGCAAUGAAAACCCUGUACGAAAAGAAAAGUUCCGUAUUUGGUCCAAUCAAUAAUUCCUUACAGUCAGCCGGGGAAGCUCUCAGUAUUGACCUGCGAGUAUUGCUAACCCAAAAGGAUGACAUCGAAGAAGUUGUGACUGUUUUUGUGAUUAUUUUCGAAGUGCUGCUAAUCGGAACGGCAGAAUUCUUAGAAGUUUCACUUCCACGCAUUUGUGAUGCACUCUGCCACUUACCCGUAUGGGCACAGGCAAGAUUAGCCCAUAUCUGGUCGGUGCACUGCAAAGAAAGCAUUCAACCAUUGCUUCAAUUGCUGCAACAGUUGAUCACGAUUUCCACGCUUUCGUUGAACUACUACCGGGAUGUGAAAAUUCACGACAAUGAGAUUGUUUGCAAUGCCACGAAAGUUAUGAAGAUCGUGUUCUAUGCAAACAUCCUAGCCGGUGACGUUGAGUCGAAACACUUCCGGGAUGCCGAUCUUGGUGACAUUGCUCCACCGACUUACCUUUCGCUUAUCCCGGAAGAUGACGAACCGCAGUUGUACACUAGCAAAGAGAAAAAAGCCAAACAGCAACGGCUGGAAGAUCCGCUGGCCACGGAGUUGGACGUAAACAUAUUGGACUGCCGGAAACCAAGUGUUCCGUACGAGGAGUUCUACAACGAACCACUGUGUGAUGUAAUUGAAAUGGACCAUGACUAUCUUAGUUACAAGAAUACUACCUCAGAGGGGGCAUUUUCCCCAGAAUCGACGAAGAAGUUCAGCUUCAUGUUGUACUCGUUCAUACUGACUCCAGCCACAAAAACACUGGCACUGUACUACGACUCUCGGAUUCGGAUGUACUCGGAGCGAAGUUUGAGUUUUCUGCAUCAACAGUUGGGUGGCGGAUUACAGAGCGUGAAUCUGUUCCUGAAGUUGAAAAUUCGACGAGAUCACAUCAUUGAUGAUGCUUUGGUUGAGUUGGAAAUGAUAGCCAUGUCGAACCCAAAGGAUCUAAAGAAACAGCUGGUGGUCGAGUUUUCCGGGGAGCAGGGUAUUGACGAGGGUGGUGUAUCGAAGGAGUUCUUCCAGUUGAUUAUCGAAGAGAUAUUCAACCCAGACUACGGCAUGUUCAUCAACAAUGAAGACACGAACAUGGUGUGGUUCAAUUCGACGUCAUUUGAAAAUGAGGCACAAUUCACGCUCAUCGGAAUUGUACUAGGAUUGGCCAUCUAUAAUAAUAUAAUCCUAGCAGUUCAUUUUCCUAUGGUAGUGUAUCGAAAACUGAUGGGAAUGAAGGGUUCGUUUGCGGAUUUAUGUGAUUGGAAUCCGAUUCUGUACAAUAGUUUGAAAUCGAUGUUGGAUCAUCAGGAUAACGACAUGGAAGAUGUGUUUAUGCAAACUUUCAAAAUUUGCUACAAAGAUGUGUUCGGCAACACACUGGAUCACGAACUGAAACCGGACGGAGAUAGCAUCUUUGUUAAUCAGGAUAACAAACAGGAGUUCGUUGAACUGUACACCGACUUUUUGCUCAAUCAGAGUAUCGAAAAACAGUUCAAAGCUUUCAAGCGCGGUUUCCAGAUGGUAACCGAUGAAAGUCCACUGCAUUUACUAUUUCGACCGGAAGAAAUCGAGCUGAUCGUUUGUGGUAGUAAAGAGUUUGAUUUCAAUGAACUAGAACAGUCUACUGAGUACGAGGGAGGUUUCACAGCUGAAUCACAGACUAUAAAAGAUUUUUGGGAUAUUGUGCAUGGACUCUCGAUGGAAUCCAAACAGAAGCUGCUGCAGUUCACCACGGGUUCCGAUCGGGUUCCAGUCGGUGGGUUGAGUCGGCUAAAAUUAGUGAUCGCCCGAAAUGGACCAGACUGCGACCGACUGCCGACGAGUCAUACAUGUUUUAAUGUAUUGCUGCUGCCCGAGUACGAUAGCAGAGAGAAGUUAGAGGAACGUCUGCUGAAAGCCAUCAAUUAUUCCAAGGGAUUCGGAAUGCUGUAAAGUUGAACAGACUAUUUCGUAUUAUUCGGAAGCCUACAAAUGUACGAAACAAACGCUUGGAACUAAGCUUUUUCGAGAAGUGAAUUGUGAACGAAACAAAAAAUUUACAUUGUGAGAUUGUCUGUAGAAACUGCAUACAUUUUUUUUAUCAUUUGGUUUCCAAGAUCUCGUAAAGCUGCUUCUAUACGCUCUGCGAUAUAUUUUAGUUCGUUACGUGAACAUCGUGCGCGUCGGAAUGAAAUGCUCGCCUUCGAAAGGCACUAUCGUACAGAACUGUUUGGUUUUUUUUCUCGAUUUUAUAAAAAUGAUAAUACGCUGUACAUUCUUAUCCUUUUUCCACCAAUAUAUUCUCUUUUCCACAGGUAAACAAAUACAUAUUCGAACCUUGUGACCGAGCCAUGAACACAA